GAAGCGUAGUCUGCAAGCAAUGUAGCUAGCUAGGACAAUUAAGAUUAGAUAAAAACAAGACAGUAGUCAUAUCGUUUUCGACACAUGUAUUCAAGUAAAUACUAUAAUAUAGAUUUAGGCAUACUGUACUAUAAAUUAGCUAGUACAGCUAGCUAGCUAUGAGAAUCGUUAUUGAGCUAACUUUCUAACGUUCGCUACAGCAGGCUAGCUAACUGUUAACAGUAGCGAACGUGGGCAUGCUACACAAUAAUGAUAGCGCCUAACAGGGUCGAUUCUGCUGGGACUGGAUAGUUGGCACAGCGGUUGUUUUUAUUUGAUGGUCGACCUAGCUAGUUGCAGGUUGUGUCAACGGAUUUGGUUUGUCAAAUUAACGUUAGAUGGAUUGUUUUGAAUGAGAAGAAGCGCGUACGCAAAGAGUUGUUGCUGAUUGAAAGGAAGGGAAGUGCGGACGUGGGAUAGUUAGCUGGCCACUUUUAGCUAGCUGUUAUGCGAACGUUAGAGAAGGAUACGCAUAGAUAAUCUGCUAGUUGGCUAGGUAAAUUGGUAGCUGUGUUGAACAUUUUAAGAAGGCACAGUGGAAGUCAUUGUUAAAGUGAAAGAUGAAGAGCAUUGAAAGAAAUGUGAUGCGUCUGGCUGUUGUGCAACACCUUCGUGCUGCUUAUGGGAUAAAGACGAAGAAUUGGAACAAAAACAAAGCUCACACCAGCUGCAAGUUGACAGUUAGCUAUUCGGUGAAAGUGUUUGGUGUACCGCUGGAGAGCCUUCCGCAGUACAAUGUGGAGAAUGGCAGUGUACCAUGCUUUCUCAUGGAUGCGUGCACAAGUCUGCUGGAGCAUGUGGAUACAGAGGGUUUGUUCAGAAAGUCUGGUUCCAUUGUCCGCCUGAAAGCACUCAGGGCGAAGUUGGAUAAGGGUGAGGAGUGCCUGUCCACUGCCCUGCCGUGUGAUGUUGCUGGCCUGGUCAAGCAGUUCUUCAGGGAGCUACCAGAUCCUGUUCUGCCCACAGAGCUGCAUGAUGCCUUCCUCAAGGCCCAGCAGCUGCCCACAGAGGAGGAGAGGACCUCUGCCACCCUGCUGCUGUCCUGUGUACUGCCUGACAGAAACAUGAGCAUCCUACAUUACUUCUUCGCCUUCCUCCACAAAGUCUCUCAGAGAAGUGGUGUGAAUAAGAUGGACAGCAGUAACCUGUCUGUGAUCCUGGCUCCCAACCUCCUGCAUGCUGGAGACGGGGCAGACAAGAUGAACGCCAGCACAGAGAAACGCCUCAAGCAACAGGCAGCCGUGGUCCAUUGUCUUAUAGAACAUGCUCUGGAUUUCGGUGUGGUACCUCAGUUCAUCAUGGAGAAGAUUCCAGCCAUGCUGGGCUGCGAGGCUGCUGUUCUCUCCCCUACUCUAGAUGGAUUAGAGGAGUUAGACACAAACUCUGGGACCAAGAGGAGACACAGGCGCAGUUUAGGAGAUAUGGUCAAUGGAGCUCGGAAUAAGUUAAAAACAAAUAGAACACCCACAAAUACUCCCCAGUCGGACGGAUAUGUUUUUUCUUCAACUCCUGUGAUAAUUACUCCCAACUCCAAGAGAAAACUUCCUUUGGAAUCUGGUCAAAGUUAUGGCUCCAGCAAGAAACGGAGAUCCAUCAAAAAGAACCUUGUUUUAGAGUUACUACCUAAUGCUCUGUUUGGUGGAAGCUCUACUCCUGUACCAGGAUACAUGGACCCCAGUGCUUCGGAAUCCCUGAACUCCUCCCAGAAUGCAUUGUCCUCAAUUGGGAGGUCCAACAGGCAUUGUGCCAGCUCCACAAGGAGAAAGAGCAAACGACUGAGUCACCGGCAUGUUGUCAACAGAGUGGAGUCGGGGAAAGCUGGUUGCUUCUCUCCCAAGGUCACCAAGAAAGAAAACGUUUGUAAGUCCCUGCGCCUGCGCUUCAGCCUGGGCAAGAACAGCAGAGACCCUAAAGAGGGUUCAGAGUCCAUUGGUUGGCGACUUGCCACUCAAGAGUGCACCACCAGUUUUCGUUUCACCAAAGAUGCCGAAUUUAGCCCGACUGUAUUGCGAAACAAGAGCUCGUCGAAUGGCUCCAAGUUCUACAGUAAGUCAGAGGACAACCUGCUGACCUCCCAGUGUGAUGACGGCAGUGCCCUCCGGACGUCCUGGAGCGGGGAGACCCCUGACGGGGGUCUUGUCUUGGGCGGGGGCUCCUUCACCGACACACCCAUGAACAUGUGCCUGAACAACAACUACUACUCUGAGCCUGCCAUCGUGGUGGCCAAGCCCCCCAUGGUGGCCAGCUUCCCCAAGAAGCUGUGCUGUGGCUCCAGCGCUGAGAGCCUGGAGAGUCAGGGCUCGUUCAGCCAGUCCCAGACCGGGCCCACCUUACUCAAGAUCAAAAAAGCCUUCACUGAGUCAGGCAGUGACCUACAGGCAGUCCUGAGAAACCACAGUGCCCCCUCAGGAGAGGACAAGGCAUCACAGCCUGAGAACACUGAAACAGAUGCAACUUCUGAAUCUGAAUCUUCAACACUCAAAGGUGCAUCACCAAACAAAGAGAGUUCUAGCAUGCCAACACCUCACAGGUGUCUGGCUGAUGACCAGAACAUCACAUUUGGUCAGAUCAAGUUUGUUCCUCUGUCUCCCUUGUCUAUAGACAGCACCCUGUUUAAAGUGGGAGGGAGUGGCAGUCUGUCAGAGAAGGCCUGUGACCGGUCGCUGUGUGCUGGUGACAGCGGUGACAGAUCUGUGGAGGGAGAGGCAAAGACUGUGGCUGACCAGGUGAACUGCAGUAGGCUGAUCGAUGCCCUGGACAUCCAGAGCCCUGCUCACUUCACACGUAGCAUGGCCGCUGGGGUCCAGACCACUCCAUACAGAGCCUCAGGGCUGGAGUACUUUCAGGAGCUUAACACCCCUCUACCCCCCAUGGGUACAGUAUCUGUAAUGGUAGAUGAUGAUGUGGCUGUGGCAUCCCCAGAGCCCAGUACCCAUCCCUGGAGGCAGGAGCAUCAGCAGGUGGAGCUGCCUUCCCCAGGCACCCUGGAGACCCGCAGGGUAAGGGUGGCAGACCACAUCCAGCGCUUCAACAAGCUCGUCCUAUAUUCACCUAAAUCACAGGCCAAAGCAGUCAGGUCCCCUCUCAAGUUCCAGCGUACCCCCGUGCGCCAGUCUGUCCGCAGGAUCAACUCUCUGCUGGUGGACAGGAGGCCUGUAGUGUUUGGGAACACCUCCAGCCGAGCCCAGGACACCCCCACCCCUGUGGGGAAGGCUGUCAGCCUGGAGAGUGGCCUGUCUGCUGGGGCUCUGCUCCUGCCUUACCAGUGCCAGGCAGACAACAAGGGAGGACUCACAAAUGACAAGGGCUGCUCCACAAAAACCCGCCCUCCUCCUGUCCCACCCAAGAAGACAGCCAGCAUCAUCCGCAAGCCCAGGAAUUGCGCUCUAGGAGACGUGACCAACAAGGUACAACCUAAGGCCAAAGGUGACACACCCAUUAAGAACAGCCCAGGAGGUGAAGGUCAGAAGUCUGUGGUGCAGCAGGUGGCUGAGAAGGAUGUGUGUUGCUACAGAGGCUCCCCCAGGAAACCCCUCAACGAUGGCAGACUGCUGUCAGCCACCAAGCCCAUAGACCUCUAGUCUGGUAGAACUGCUCCUUUUACUAUGCAGGUCUCCCUAUCUGGACAUAGACCGUCACUGUAUGACUCCAAAACAUUCCCCUCUAUGUUUUCAGGGUUUAAUUUAUUUUAAUUUCUAGAUGCUGUUCUCCGUGAGUUGUGUUUGGGGUGACUGAUCUGAUGUAUGGCACCUUUUUUUACUCUAUUGUUGGUAAAAGUGGAGUUUUGCAAAUGCAUAUCAGUGUAAUGGAAUGAGUUUGUUUGGUAGUCUGUUCGACUAGUGUGAAAGCCAAAUGUUCAACGGUUGGGUGUAUGGCUGGAAGUUUCCAGAUUUCAUAUUUGCUUUUACUUAUCUUUUCAUUGAGUUUGUCAUUUGGUAAAGGUCUACAAAGCAAACUAUUUCCCCUAAAAAACAUUUCAUGUAUUUUCUUUAAAAAAUAUAUAUUUUGCAUUGGAUUAAACAUGUGAACCGAUCAAGGCACCUUUUGGGCAGAUUUAUUGAUAAAACCUUUCAAGCGGUAUUGAUUUAAUUCACCUCUGCAGUUACAGUCCUAGUAUUUCCAAUCUCUUCAGAAGUAGUGCAUUACCAUGUGAAUUUUUGUUAAAUAGAAAAAUAAAUCAAAACACUCAGAA